AUGAUAAGCAAAGCGCAGCCGCAGUCCGUCUACCGCCGUCUCUGCGCCCUCUAUUACUCUCCCCCGCCUUUACAGUGGCGGGUUAUUCCACCCAACCCGCUGCCACCUCCAAUCGGAUCUUACUCGAGAACCAGAGGACGGUCAAGAGAUUUAAGGAGUCCUCCGAGUCGGAAGACUUCCGUUCUCGAUUCGACUGUCUACCUCAACACAUUCAGGCGUCUUGCAACGCACGGGGAGUUCUCCAUGAUCGAGGAAAUCGUCGAGCAUCAGAAGAAGUUCAAAGACAUCACCAGGGGGAAGUUCGUCUCCCGGCUCAUCGUCAUCUGCGGCAGGGUGGGCAUGUUCAAACAAGCACGCAAGCUGUUCGACGAAUUGCCCGGCAUAAAUUGCCCGCGAACCGUUUACUCCUUAAACGCGCUGCUCUCGGCCUGCAUCGAUUCGGAGAAGUGGUGA